CCGCUGUGAAGUGAAGUCAAAUUAAUAAUGAGUGGAAAAAGUAUUCGUGAAGUACAACAAUCCUUUGCCGAAUCGCUUGGAUUUGGUAAGGAGACCAUCUGGGACCUUUUGUCAAAUAGGCAAUCCGAAAUAUUAGAAAAAAAGAUCCGCACCCUUAUUCCUGAUCCUGAAAAUUACAAACAACGUGCAGUAUUUGACAGAAUACGUCAAACUUUAUUCGAUGCAGUUUGGGAACAACGUAAAUACACAAAUGGCCAGUCGUUAACAUCGAUCUUCUAUGUGCUGGUUGCCACCGAUGAGACGGAUGAAGAUGAUGCUAGGAAUUCCACAAAAUGGUCUUGUCAUCCUGUUUUUCGUGCACGUCGCUGCGUUUCCAGUCGCAAUGGACGCAGCAACAACAGCGUCGAUUGUUGCAUGAUUUAUGUGGACGAAAAUGGGCGUGUCUAUCAGAACUGGAAGUCCUACUUGGAUAACAACGAGUUGCCCGAAGGGAUUAUGGUGGCACCUCCCCGAGGUGUCUACAAACUCACAUCGAAAGGCAGAGUUAUAUUGCAAUCAAGGGAAACGCCAGCAGCGGGAGCAAUUCGCAAAGCAGUUGGCGUCCUAGACACGGCUUCGGCGGUGGGUGGCUUAGGAGCAGCAGCUGUGCCCGUCAUUGGGAUGUUCUGCACAGUCGCUGCCCCAAUUGUGCUGACAGCUUCCAUUGUUGGUGGUGGUUGUGCUGUCUAUUCGACGCUACGAGCUGGUGCUCAGCUUAUCGAUCGCAGUAUGCACGAUCAGUCGAUCAAUGUGACAGAUCGCACGGCACGCGGUCAAUGGUUGGGCGUGGUGGGUGGUGUUGUUGGUCUUGGGGCAUCACGUGCUACAUCAAAUGCGAUUAAGGUCACAAAUGCCGGUAAACGAGUGGGCACAGUUGCUCAGUGGACUGUUAACGGCAUGAACAUUUCAUCCAUUGCGAUGUCUGCUACGGGCUUAACGAAUGGUAUCAUCGAUUUAGUACUGAAACACGACGAUGGUGACGACAUAUCCACCUUGGAUGUGUUACAGUUGUCUGCUUCUCUUUUCCUGUUCACGCACAGUCUCUACAAUUUCCAGCUGGCAUCGAGCAUCAUAGAUGACACGUCCAACAAACGUAUAGGAUCGUAUCGCAAGACUCUAAGCAAUCGACAGAGACGGAUGUUCGACAAGAUGGUCAAGGAGACGACUCGCAUCAAGGGCGUUCGUCAAGCCAACGUGGACAUUAUACGCAAUGUGAACGAUAUACCGUCGCGUCAGCAGUUCAAUGAUCUGUACAAGAUCAACACCAAAUUGAAAGAACGUGACAUUUUUCCCUCGUUUGCAGCCAACGGCAGGGGAGUUCUGCUUAAUGGCCAAGUGAUCACCAAUGCAGCGGAUUUGCGUGCCUACGUACAACAUAAUGUCGGACCCGAUAUCAUCGCCCGGGUGACGAAUCCCAAACCGGACACUUUUCAAGGCUUUGGGACAAGUGGCAAUAACGCUGCAUUUCGAAGCAGUCGUUUUUUAAAUCCGCAUGAGAUAGCGAAAAACGAACGAAGAAAACGACUGUGUCGAAUAUUUGAAUUGGUGCAAAAAGCUCGCAAAGUUCUACCCGAACUCUUUGACAAAAAGUCUGACGAUAGUAUUAUUAGCAGUUCGCUCUCCAGUUGA